AUAUAUCCCUCGGCCAAGAGCAAAAGGCAAAAGGCAAAAGCAUGCAUCUCUCUCUGGUCCUCCUUCUCCUUCCCAUCAUCAGCAAUUCCAAGUCCCUCCACUUAUAUACUCCCUCCGUUUUUGAUAGCGCCUCCUCACCAUUGCCUGCAACAACAUCAUCUCUCUCUCUCUCUCUAUCUCUCUCUCUCUCAAGAACAGCAGCACCAGCACAGGCCCAAGAAGAAACACCAUCACUGCUUCUGUCUCCCAGAUUGGAUACUUACUGGUGCUAUGGUGGCCACUCUCUGUUCAAUUCCGGCCUUGUUGUGGUGUUUGGCCGUCGUCCUGUUCGCGGCCGGCGAUGGCGUCGGCACGUCAGUGGCAGCAUUGGACACGCAGGGUACGUACCUUUCUAAGAUGAAGGACGAGUUCGCCGGGCCGGGCAUGUCGAGGUGGGACUUCUUGACGCCGGCGCCGGAGUACUGCAGCUUCCAGGGGAUCGCUUGCGACGUCGGCGGCAACGUCACCGGCAUCGACGUCACGUCGUGGCGGCUGAUCGGCAGGCUCCCGCCGGGCGUCUGCGCGGCGCUUCCCGCGCUCCGGGAGCUCCGGAUGGCGUACAACGACAUCCGCGGCGGCUUCCCACUCGGCCUGCUCAACUGCACCUUCCUCGAGGUGCUCAACGUGAGCUAUUCCGGCGUCUCGGGCCCCGUGCCGGACCUGUCACCGAUGCGGGCGCUGCGCGUGCUCGACAUGUCCAACAACCUCUUCUCCGGCGCGUUCCCGACGUCCAUCGCCAACGUCACCACCCUCGAGGUGGUCAACUUCAACGAGAACCCCGGCUUCGACAUCUGGCGGCCGCCGGAGUCACUCAUGGCGCUGCGGCGCAUACGCGUUCUCAUCCUCUCCACCACGUCCAUGCGCGGCGGCAUCCCCGCGUGGCUCGGCAACAUGACGUCGCUCACCGACCUCGAGCUCAGCGGCAACUUCCUCACCGGCCGCAUACCGCUGUCGCUCGCGCGCCUCCCCAACCUGCAGCUCCUCGAGCUCUACUACAACGAGCUGGAGGGCAGCAUCCCCGCCGAGCUCGGCAACCUGUCGCAGCUCACCGACACCGACCUGUCCGAGAAUCGGCUCACCGGCGGCAUCCCGGAGGCGCUGUGCGCACUGGCCAACCUGCGCGUGCUCCAGAUGUACACCAACCGCCUCACCGGCCCCAUCCCGGCCGUGCUCGGCAACUCCACGCAGCUCCGCAUCCUCUCCGUGUACCGCAACCAGCUCACCGGCGAGCUCCCCGCCGAUCUCGGCCGGUACUCGCCACUGAACGUGAUCGAGGUGUCGGAAAACCAGCUCACCGGGCCACUUCCGCCGUACGCCUGCGCCAAAGGCCAGCUCCAGUACAUCCUCGUGCUGAGCAACCUCCUCACCGGCGCCAUCCCGGCGGCCUACGCCGAGUGCACACCACUGCUCCGCUUCCGGGUGAGCAACAACCACCUGGAGGGGGACGUCCCCGCGGGCAUCUUCGGGCUCCCGCACGCCUCCAUCGUCGACCUCUCUUACAACCACCUGACCGGGCCGGUGCCCGCGGCGGUGGCGGCCGCCCUGAACCUGACCUCGCUGUUCGCGUCUUACAAUCGCAUGUCCGGCGAGCUCCCGCCGGAUAUCGCCGGCGCCUCGGAGCUCGUGAAGAUCGACUUGAGCAACAACUUCAUCGCCGGCCCAAUCCCGGCGGCCGUGGGGCGGCUGACGAGGCUGAAUCAGCUGUCCCUGCAGGGCAACUGGCUGAAUGGCUCCAUCCCGGAGACGCUCGCCGACCUGAGGAGCCUGAACGUGCUCAACCUGUCGAACAACGCGCUGUCCGGCGUCAUCCCGGAGUCGUUGUGCACGCUGCUGCCCAAUUCGCUGGACUUCUCCAACAACAACCUGUCGGGGCCCGUGCCGCUUCCGCUCAUCAAGGAGGGGCUGCUGGAGAGCGUGGCGGGCAACCCGGGGCUGUGCGUGGCGUUCCGGUUGAACCUGACGGACCCGGCACUGCCUCUGUGCCCGCGGCCGAGCCUGCGACGAGGGCUGGCCGGGAACGUGUGGGUGGUCGGCGUGUGCGCACUGGUGUGCGUGGUGGCGACGCUGGCGCUGGCGCGGCGGUGGGUGCUGCGGGCGCGGCAAGACGCGGAGCAGGACGGGGCUCCGAAGUCGCCGGCGUCGAGCUCGUCGUACGACGUGACGAGCUUCCACAAGCUGAGCUUCGACCAGCACGAGAUCCUCAAGGCGCUGAUCGACAAGAACAUCGUGGGGCACGGCGGCUCCGGGACGGUGUACAAGAUCGAGCUGAGCAGCGGCGAGCUGGUGGCGGUGAAGAAGCUCUGGGUGUCGACGCGAAGGACCAGCAAGCAGCAGCACGACACGGCCAUGACAGGCGGCUGGCUGGGUGACCGCGAGCUGCGCACGGAAGUGGAGACGCUGGGAAGCAUCCGGCACAAGAACAUCGUGAAACUCUACUGCUGCUACUCCGGCGCCGACAGCAACCUGCUGGUGUACGAGUACAUGCCCAACGGCAACCUGUGGGAGGCGCUCCACGGCUGCUUCCUGCUGCUGGACUGGCCGACGCGCCACCGCGUGGCUCUCGGCGUCGCGCAGGGCCUCGCAUACCUCCACCACGACCUCAUGCUCCCCAUCGUCCACCGCGACAUCAAGUCCUCCAACAUCCUCCUCGACGCCGACUUCGAGCCCAAGGUCGCCGACUUCGGCAUCGCCAAGGUCCUCCAGGCGCGCGGCGCCGCCGACCGCGACGCGUCUACCACCACUAUCGCCGGCACCUACGGCUACCUCGCGCCAGAGUACGCCUACUCGUCCAAGGCGACGACCAAGUGCGACGUGUACAGCUUCGGCGUGGUACUGAUGGAGCUGGCCACGGGGAGGAAGCCCAUCGAGCCGGAGUUCGGCGACACGCGCGACAUCGUGCACUGGGUCUCCGGCAAGGUGGCCGCCGGUGCCGAGGCUGACGCGCUCGACAAGCGCCUGGCGUGGAGCCCCUACAAGGAGGAGAUGGUGCAGGCGCUGCGCGUCGCCGUGCGUUGCACCUGCAGCAUCCCGGGCCUCCGCCCCACCAUGGCCGACGUCGUCCAGAUGCUCGCCGAGGCCGGCCCCGCAGCCGGCCGGACACCCAAGGACCCCUCCGGCCAGCCCAAACUAGCCAGUCCCUAGGAAUUCGAAGCAGCUAGCACGUACGACAAGCUACUAUCGAUUAAACUAAGAGGUGAGGUCCAAUCGAUUAGGCAAGAACAUUAUGAUUAUAGUAGUAGAUUAUUGCUAUACUAAUUGAGACGAUUUACAUAAUGAUACGAGCAUGCAAGUUGCAAAGAUUGUUCGCUCUUGCACUAAGAGAUAUAUAUAUACUACAUAUACAUAGGGUAGCAGCUAGGUAGCCAGCUUUACUGGGCCGUCGUUCUCCACAAGUGUAUCGUCACUGACACUCAUAUAUACUGCUUGGUGUUUAAGCAGAAUCUGA